CGGGUACGGAGUAGUUAACUAUGGUCUGCAGCCGUCAGGCCCCACAUACGUCCUAGCCUUGAUGUGAUUGAGUGCCAUACCGGUACAUCUUCGGACUCGCCGUGUCGCCCAAUUACUCAGAAUCUAUGUCUUCGCAUCCAAUGAGAACCAAAGUCGACUCAAGAUUGAAUAGUAAAGCAUGGAUGAUCCUGAGGCGAUUCUUUCCCGUUCCAAGCCGCUGUUGCGUCAUGCAUAGCUCUUCGAUUAUUGUUCAGCCAGCCUUCAGAAAGUUCAGUGGCCUUGAAAUGUCUGAUUCGGUUAUUGAGUGCGCCGUGAAAUUUUCCCGACGUGGAUGCUCUAGCUUACUGGCUCUCUUGAUUCUUGGCUCUGAGUUAUUGCCGAUGACCUCUGGUGGACGGUCUACAUGCAUCACAACCUUGCUCUUUCGCAGUCCGCAGACCCAGAAAUACAAACAAACAAACCACAGGACCCUUGACCGGUUCACUCACUCAAUGGUCAAUGGUUUAUCUCGCCGGAACGGUGCUGGUCAACGGAUUCCUGCAAAUCACGUAGUUAAAGGAAACUGGGGACGACGAUCAAGGCUCCAGGGUCCCUCGUCACCCAGUCUCGUCGAAUCCUCAUAGACUUCCAGGAGUAGUCCCAUGGUUUCCGCAUUCUGGAUUGCUUCCAUAGUUCCAAGAUCCAAGACAUCUUUCAAAGGGACGCCAGAUCAGAUUUCCCUUCUGGGAAUAGAUCGUUGACGGAUGAGGAUGAUGGACUGCUCCUUGAUCGAAAAUCUUGUGCAAAACACC